AUGAACACUCCCCCAUCUACAUGCAGUUCUGGGAAAUCCACGCCGUUGAAAAAAGACAAUGACAGAUCAAGGAUGCAGUCUUUUGCCCUCCCCGUCGACCCGGCAGACCUGCAGUUGGGUGAUCCGCUACCUCCUAAUGACCCGCACGCCAUCUCUGUCCACCUCCCAACCUGGAACGACAGUCUCGGAUGGGUUACGAAAGACCCCUCGGUCUUGCAAGCCAUGAAAACCGGUUACCCGCGCUUCUUCAUACCGAGGGUGGUUGAUCAGUUGGGGCGAAGACUGGCGCGACACUUGGGUGUGGGGGAUGAUGGAGCGCCUAUGAUGUUUGCCUCCAGGACGUGGGCUGAGAUGUUCAGGAGGUACAUGGGUGAGGAGCUUCUCGCGGGUGGUAGAGUGUGGGGAGUCAGGUGGGAUGGUGGAGCGGUUGAUUCAGAUGACGAUGAAACGGGGACUUGUUUGUGGUUGGCGGUUGUUGUAGGGGAGCCCAAGGGUGCUGAGGUGUCUAAAGCACGGAGGUUUUGGCAACACACUGGAUAUGGCAUCUCGAGUCGGAGGGCGGUGUUUUGGUUGGACAGGGCAUCCUUUCUGAAUAGGGGGUCGUGUCGAGAAGGACACGAGUCAGCCAAUGAGAUACAACAGAACGGGUUCCAUUUAGAUGGAGAUACCUGCGGUGGGGCCUCUGUUGACCAGGCCAAGCAGGACAUAUCAGACCGGAUUGCAGGUCUGCUAUCCGAUGGAGACAUGCUUCUUAGGAAAGAUCAACCAGAACGGAUUCAGGGACUUCAUUGGGGAGCGGAGAUAGCAAGAAGCCCAACGUGGCUGUUUUUGGGCAAGUUCCGUUGCAAUCCUUCUACCUACCCAAGAUGUUGUGGUCGUCUAACCUGUGACAGAUUUCUCUACGUCGAUACGAUCAAAGUGCUGGAGCGAGUACACAACUGUCAAGUCACGGUCUACGGGUAUUCCUACGCCGAUACAGAGCGAUUCGAGCGUCGACUACAUAACGGCGAACAGUUCCACGCUGUCUUUACCGAGUUCACCGGCAACCCUCUGUUACAAUCGCCCCACCUCGAACGAUUAGCCUUUUUGCGAAAAUCGUUUUCUUUUGUUCUGGUCGUGGACGACACCGUGGGAACGGCCGCUUGCCUGCGUGUUUUGCGAUAUUGCGAUGUGGUCUGCACCAGUCUGACAAAGAUGUUCAGCGGAAAGUGUAAUGUCAUGGGCGGUUCACUUGGCCUCAAUCCCCAUUCAACGCUGUACACGAGUCUCAGAGAGGGUCUACACAACCGACAACAGCGUCAGAAGGACGUGUGGUAUUGGGAAGAUGUUUUGGUGAUGGCCGAAAACUGUCAAAGCUUUGAGGAGAGAAUUCAGGUUGCCAGUGAGAAUGCUUUGGCUGUGGUUGAGUUAGUGCAAGAAAGUUUGGUGGUCAAGAAGGUUUAUUAUCCGUCAUUGGGAGACACGAGGCGGUAUGAUGCUUACAAGCGGCCUGGUGCGGGAUAUGGCUUUUUGCUAAGCGUUACAUUCAAGAAAAAAGAGGAGGCUGUGGCGUUUUACAACGGGCUGAAUGUUGCCAAGGGGCCAAGCCUGGGGACAAACUUUACGCUUUGUUGUGCGUAUACACUACUGGCGCAUUACAACGAGUUGGAUAGAGCAGCUGAGUUUGGAGUAGAGGAGUGUUUGGUGCGGAUCAGCGUUGGGGUUGAAGAAAAGGGUUGGCUGUUGGGAAGGGUCAAAGGGGCGUUGGAGGCUGCCAGUCUUGUUUGA